AUGGGAUCGUCGAGCAGCCGGGUGCUGCGCCAGCCGAGGCGAGCCCUUGCCCAGCAGGAGCAGGGUGCCAGGGCGCGGGCGGGGGGCUCGGCCGGGAGGCCGGACCCUGGAGACCCUGCGGCGGGCCAGGGCUUCUGUUACUGCCCGGGCAGUGACAAGCGCAGCGGGGCCUUCUGCUACUGUCGCCCUGACUCGGAGAGAGACGAGGAUGAGGAGGAGAGGGACGAGCAGCAGCCGCUCCUCCACAUCCCUGCAAGGAAAAUUUUAAGGAGUACAUCCAAAUAUAUUUAUCAAACAUUAUUUUUGAAUGGUGAAAACAGUGACAUUAAGAUUUGUGCUCUAGGAGAAGAAUGGCGAUUACACAAAAUAUAUUUAUAGCAAUCUGGCUACUUUUCUAGUAUGUUCAGUGGUUCUUGGAAAGAAUCCAGCAUGAAUAUUAUUGAACUGGAGAUUCCUGACCAGAACAUUGAUGUAGAAGCGCUGUAGGUUGCGUUUGGUUCACUGUAUCAAGAUGACGUGUUGAUAACGCCCAGUCGAGUUGUUGCCAUUUUGGCAGCAGCUUGUAUGCUGCAGUUGGAUGGUUUAAUACAGCAGUGUGGUGAGACGAUGAAGGAGACAAUCACUGUGAAAACUGUGUGUGGCUAUUACACAUCAGUAGGGACCUAUGGAUUAGAUUCCGUAAAGAAAAAGUGCCUUGAAUGGCUUCUAAACAAUUUGAUGACUCACCAGAGUGUUAAACUUUUUAAAGAACUCAGUAUAAAUGUCAUGAAACAGCUCAUUGGUUCAUCUAACUUAUUUGUGAUGCAAGUGGAGGUGGAUGUAUACAUCGCUCUAAAAAAGUGGAUGUUUCUUCAACUUGUGCCUUCUUGGAAUGGAUCUUUAAAACAGCUUUUGACAGAAACAGAUGCUUGAGCCACCGCGCCCGGCCCAGAUGUCUGGUUUUCUAAACAGAGAAAAGAUUUUGAAGGUAUGAACUUUCUUGAAACUGAACAAGGAAAACCAUUUGUGUCAGUAUUCAGACAUUUAAGGUUACAAUAUAUUAUCAGUGACCUGGCUUCUGCAAGAAUUAUUGAACAAGAUGCUAUAGUACCUUCAGAAUGGCUGUCUUCUGUGUAUAAACAGCAGUGGUUUGCUAUGCUGCGGGCCAAACAAGACAGUGAGGUAGGGCCUCAAGAAAUCGAUAAAGAAGAACUAGAGGGAAAUAGCAUGAGGUGUGGUAGAAAGCUUGCCAAAGACGGUGAAUACUGCUGGUGUUGGACGGGUUUUAACUUCAGCUUUGACCUACUUGUAACUUACACCAAUUGAUGCAUCAUUUUCAAACGCAAUACACUGAAUCAGCCAUGUAGCGGGUCUGUCAGUUUACAGCCUCAAAGGAGCAUAGCAUUUAGAUUACGUUUGGCUUCUUUUGAUAGUAGUGGAAAACUAAUAUGUAGUAGAACAACUGGCUAUCAAAUACUUAUACUUAAAAAGGAUCAGGAACAAGUGGGGAUGAAUUUGGACAGCAGGUUUCUGACCUUCCCUUUAUAUAUCUGCUGUAACUUCUUAUAUAUAUCGCCAGAGAAAAGAAUUGAAAAUAAUCGUCACCCAGAAAAUCCAGAAAACUGA